CUAGGACGCAUGGCUGCCAGAGAGGACGCCUUAGGGGUCCGCAAGCAGGCUCGGGAAUAAAACAGGGCUGGCAGGGCGAGGUGGAGAGACUCGAGAAGGACCGGCCAGAUGUCGAAGUUCCUAGUGAGGAGGGCGCCCGAGCCUCCGCCGAGACGCGUGACUACAACUAACACAAUCCCCAGCGCCUGCGGUUCCGGCGCCGCCUUGUUCCAGACGGGCGAUGGCGCUGCGCGGGGACCGGCGUGGGGUCACGUGGUGCCGGCGCAUCACGUGGGCGAGUCAGGUGACGCUGCGGGGCGGGCGGACAGACUGCGGGGCGGACGGUGGACGCUGGGACGCGUUUGUAGCACUGGCCCCGCCGUUCCGACCCCCCGCCGCCGUCGCCGCCGCCAUGACGGGGCUAGCACUGCUCUACUCCGGGGUCUUCGUGGCCUUCUGGGCCUGCGCGCUGGCCGUGGGAGUCUGCUACACCAUUUUUGAUUUGGGCUUCCGCUUUGAUGUGGCAUGGUUCCUGACGGAGACUUCGCCCUUCAUGUGGUCCAACCUGGGCAUUGGCCUAGCUAUCUCCCUGUCUGUGGUUGGGGCAGCCUGGGGCAUCUAUAUUACCGGCUCCUCCAUCAUUGGUGGAGGAGUGAAGGCCCCCAGGAUCAAGACCAAGAACCUGGUCAGCAUCAUCUUCUGUGAGGCUGUGGCCAUCUACGGCAUCAUCAUGGCAAUUGUCAUUAGCAACAUGGCUGAGCCUUUCAGUGCCACAGACCCCAAGGCCAUUGGCCAUCGGAACUACCAUGCAGGCUACUCCAUGUUUGGGGCUGGCCUCACCGUAGGCCUGUCUAACCUCUUCUGUGGAGUCUGCGUGGGCAUCGUGGGCAGUGGGGCUGCCCUGGCCGAUGCUCAGAACCCCAGCCUCUUUGUAAAGAUUCUCAUCGUGGAGAUCUUUGGCAGCGCCAUUGGCCUCUUUGGGGUCAUCGUCGCAAUUCUUCAGGUGAUGAAUCCCCUUGGGGAGCCUCUGUGUCCUUGUCCCCAACCUAGCCUUACCCUCCGUCUGGAGAAGCUGAAGUGCUCUCCUUCUCUACCUAUAACUAUAGAUUCCCCCAAACAGCUUCCACCUCCUCAUUUCCAUCUUCUGGUUUUCUCCUACAGGGGCUCUCUAUUUUUGUCUCUGAUUUGGUAUCACUGACAACAGCCCUGGUUUUUUUUUCCCCCUUUCUAAUGCUUUGUAUCUGUAUAGCUCUUAGUCUCACCCUCCUUCUGUUCUCUCAUUUUAUAUGCCAUGCUUUUCAUGUCUCCAGUCUGUAUUUUUGAUCUAGACUAGGAUGGAAUUUUGUCUGUCUAUAUCAGUCUGUCAUGGUGUGUUUGACUGUCUCUCAGAGCUAUGUGUAUCUCUCUCUCACAUGCCUGUCAGUAGGACACCAUUGUCUAAAUUGUGUGUGUCUAGUCUGUCUGACAGUGUGUGAGUUUGUGACUAAGGAUCAGCCUGAGGGUCUGAGUGUGACUGUGGGUGCUUGACUGAGUUGAUUCUUAGUGACUAGCUUUAUCCAUAUGCCACUUCUCUCCGUCUGUCCCACAGCGUAACUCUGUGGUUGUCUGUCCCUGUCUGCCUUGUCUGUCACAGUGUGUCCAUCCUGGUUAGUCAUACAUCUCUUGUGGUCUGUCCAUCCAACCAUGUGCUAGGUCUCAUCUUCUGUCAUUUGUCACUGCCUUACCUAUUCCUCUGUCCCUGCCUGAUUUCUCCUGUUCUUUUUUUUGCAGACCUCCAGAGUGAAGAUGGGUGACUAGAUGAUAUGUGUGGGUGGGGCCAUGCCUCACUUCUAUUUAUUGCUGGUUUUCCUGGGACAGGUGGAGCUGUGUCCCUUAGCCUUUCAGAGGCUUGGUGUUCAGGGCCCUCCCUGCACUCACCUCUUGCUGCGUGUUGAUUUGGAGGCACUGAAGUCCAGGCCGAGUCCUCAGUGUGGGGAGCAGGCUGCUGCUGCUGGCUCUGUGCAGCUGCGCACCUGUGUCCCCCACCUCCACCCUCAACCCAUCUUCCUAGUGUUUGUGAAAUAAACUUGGUAUUUGUCUGGGUCA